AUGAUAUCCAUCAAGCAAACCAAACUGAUUCGGCCACCCCCUGGUACCGACUCCCUCGAAGUCCGGGUGGGUAACACGCCUUAUCUCUACGCGGUCACAGCCUUCGCGUCCCUAGGAGCGUUUCUUUUCGGAUAUGAUCAAGGGGUGAUGGGUGUGAUCGUGGCUGAUCAACGAUGGAUUGAUCUGAUGCAACCGAAGAACUCCUGGGUUAUAGGCAUGGUUGUAUCCUUAUACGAUGUCGGAUGCUUUUUUGGGGCCAUGUCACUCGGAUACCUUGCAGACCCAAUCGGGCGUGAACGGACCCUUGCUGUUGCUUGUUUGGUAUUUAUCGUCGGCGCUGUCCUUCAAGCGACAUCAUACUCGAUUGCACAGAUCACAAUUGGUCGAGUGAUUCUAGGAUAUGGCGUUGGCGCGUGCGCAGGUGGUGUGCCUCUCUACGUGGCCGAAUUGUCCCCACCGGCUAUUCGAGGCCGAAUCGUCGCCAUCGAACAAAUGAUUCUGUGUCUGGGAGAAUUGGCUGCAUUCUGGAUGAACUAUGGGUUCAACUUCCUUCAAACAGAUGACUGGUGGCGCAUUCCGUUAGCCAUCCAGAUAUUACCUGCAGCGAUCCUUGCUCUUGGGUGUUGGUUCUGGCUUCCUCCCAGUCCCCGAUGGUUGGUUAGUCAAGACCGACAAGAAUGUGCCAGAGAGGUUCUUACAAGACUUCACGGAUCCGAGGCAGCUGAUCUAGAAAUUUUGGAGAUUCAGGCCUCGAUUGAUUUUGAGCACGUUGUCAGCGAGGCGACUUGGAAAGACAUGUUCACCAAGCCGGUUUUGCGAGUGACUCUUUUGGGAAUGGGUGUCCAGUUCCUCCAGCAGAUAACAGGUACCAACUCCAUUCUUUACUACACUCCAUCUCUAUUCGAACGAGGAGGAAUCAAGGACCCACGCACUGCGAACCUUGCAACAGGAGGUGUGGGUAUUGUGCUGUUUGUCUUCUCUUGGGUGCCAAUCUUUUACUUUGAUCGAUUGGGUCGGAAGACAUGGCUGCAGAUUGGAACCGUCGGAAUGAUGGGGGCCAUGAUUGGGAUUACUGUGCUGCAGUGGCACGCUGGGCACCACCCCGAUGACAGUGCAAACUAUACUAUCAUCAUAUUUCCAUACCUGUUCUAUGUGUUUUUCAACAUCAGUUGGGGCGUUGGGUCAUGGACCUACGCGGCUGAGAUCUUCCCCGGGUCUAUGCGAGCCAAGGGCAAUGCUCUCACCACCGCGUCACUUUGGGCGGCGUGCUAUAUUGUUGCACAGGCAAGCCCACCCAUUGGUGAUGCCAUUGGCUGGGGUCUGUACAUCAUAUACUCGGGCAUCUGUGUCAUUGCUUUCUUCUUUGUCCGAUACUGUCUAGUGGAAACUCGGGGGCGGUCACUCGAGGAGAUGUCCCGACUGUUCGGCAUCGAGACCAGGUUGGCGGAGCGCAGUGCCAUCAACAAAAUGGCCACCGAAGAACACUUGGAAGACGUGGAGAUCGGGCGACUUUCAGACCAAAGCACUGAAAACCCUGAAUUAGAAAUGAUUUGCAUUGACACCGAGGCUAAUUAG